AUGAAAGCACUAACAAAGACAGCACCAACAACAGCAAGUAUGAAAGUACUAACAAAGACAGCACAAACAACAGCAAGUAAGAAAGCACUAACAAAGACAGCGCCAACAACAAGUAUGAAAGCACUAACAAAGACAGCGCCAACAACAGCAAGUAUGAAAGCACUAACAAAGACAGCACCAACAACAGCAAGUAUGAAAGCACUAACAGAGACAGCACCAACAACAGCAAGUAUGAAAGCACUAACAAAGACAGCGCCAACAACAGCAUGUAUGAAAGCACUAACAAAGACAGCACCAACAACAGCAAGUAUAAAAGCACUAACAGAGACAGCACCAACAACAGCAAGUAUGAAAGCACUAAGAAAGACAGCGCCAACAACAGCAAGUAUGAUAGCACUAACAAAGACAGCACCAACAACAGCAAGUAUGAAAGCACUAACAAAGACUGCACCAACAACAGCAAGUAUGAAAGCACUAACAAAGACAGCACCAACAACAGCAAGUAUGAAAGCACUAACAACGACAGCACCAACAACAGCAAGUAAGAAAGCACUAACAAAGACAGCAACAACAACAGCAAGUAUGAAAGUAACAAAGACAUCACCAACAACAGCAAGUAUGAAAGCACUAACAGAGACAGCACCAACAACAGCAAGUAUGAAAGCACUAACAGAGACAGCACCAACAACAGCAAGUAUGAAAGCACUAACAAAUACAGCACCAACAACAGCAAGUACAAAAGCACUAAAAAAGACAGCACCAACAAUAGAAAGCACUAACAGAGACAGCACCAACAACAGCAAGUAUGAAAGCAGAAAAAAAGACAGCACCAACAACAGCAAGUAUGAAAGCAAUAACAAAGACAGUACCAACAACAGCAAGUAUGAAAGCACUAACAAAGACAGCACCAACAACAGCAAGUAUGAAAGCACUAACAAAGACAGCGCCAACAACAGCAAGUACGAAAGCACUAACAAAGACAGCACCAACAACAGCAAGUAUGAAAGCACUAACAAAGACAGCGCCAACAACAGCAAGUACGAAAGCACUAACAAAGACAGCACCAACAACAGCAAGUAUGAAAGCACUAACAAAGACAGCGCCAACAACAGCAAGUACGAAAGCACUAACAAAGACAGUGCCUACAACAGCAAGUAUGAAAGCACUAACAAAGACAGCGCCAAGAACAGCAAGUACGAAAGCACUAACAAAGACAGUGCCUACAACAGCAAGUAUGAAAGCACUAACAAAGACAGCACCAACAACAGCAAGUGCGAAAGCACUAACAAAGACAGCACCAACAACAGCAAGUACGAAAGCACUAACAAAGACAGCGCCAACAACAGCAAGUAUGAAAGCAUUAACAAAGACAGCACCAACAACAGCAAGUAUGAAAGCACUAACAAAGACAGCACCAACAACAGCAAGUAUGAAAGCACUAACAAAGACAGCGCCAACAACAGCAAGUAUGAAAGCACUAACAAAGACAGCACCAACAGCAAGUAUGAAAGCACUAACAAAGACAGCGCCAACAACAGCAGGUAUGAAAGCACUAAGAAAGACAGCGUCAACAACAGCAAGUAUGAAAGCACUAACAAAGACAGCGCCAACAGCAAGUAUGAAAGCACUAACAAAGACAGCGUCAACAGCAAGUAUGAAAGCACUAACAAAGACAGCGCCAACAACAGCAAGUAUGAAAGCACUAACAAAGACAGCGCCAACAACAGCAAGUAUGAAAGCACUAACAAAGAUAGCGCCAACAACAGCAAGUAUGAAAGCGCUAACAAAGACAGCUCCAACAACAGCAAGUAUGAAAGCACUAACAAAGACAGCACCAACAACAGCAAGUACGAAAGCACUAACAAAGACAGAGCCAACAACAGCAAGUAUGAAAGCACUAACAAAGACAGCGCCAACAACAGCAAGUACAAAAGCACUAACAAAAACAGCACCAACAACAGCACGUAUGAAAGCACUAACAAAGACAGCACCAACAACAGCAAGUAUGAAAGGACUAACAAAGACAGCACCAACAACAGCAAGUAUGAAAGCACUAACAAAGACAGCGCCAACAACAGCAAGUAUGAAAGCACUAACAAAGACAGCGCCAACAACAGCAAGUAUGAAAGCACUAACAAAGACAGCUCCAGCAACAGCAAGUAUGAAAGCACUAACAAAGACAGCACCAACAACAGCAAGUACGAGAGCACUAACAAAGACAGAGCCAACAACAGCAAGUAUGAAAGCACUAACAAAGACAGUGCCAACAACAGCAAGUACAAAAGCACUAACAAAAACAGCACCAACAACAGAACGUAUGAAAGCACUAACAAAGACAGCACCAAUAACAGCAAGUAUGAAAGGACUAACAAAGACAGCACCAACAACAGCAAGUAUGAAAGCACUAACAAAGACAGCACCAACAACAGCAAGUAUGAAAGCACUAACAAAGACAGCGCCAACAACAGCAAAUAUGAAAGCACUAACAAAGACAGCGCCAACAACAGCAAGUAUGAAAGCACUAACAAAGACAGCAACAACAACAGCAAGUAUGAAAGUAACAAAGACAGCACCAACAACAGCAAGUAUGAAAGCACUAACAAAGACAGCACCAACAACAGCAAGUAUGAAAAGCACUAA